AUGUCGCUCCCAUUCCCGCAGCAGCAGCAGCAGUUUCAGCCGCCGCCGCCGCCGGUGGUGUACUCGGUUCCGUACCGAUCCCACGGCAGCGGCUCUGUCGGGCCGGUGAUCGCGGUCCUUGCGGUGAUCGCUGUGCUGGGCGUGAUCGCCGGGCUCGUCGGCCGCCUCUGCUCCGGCCGGACCGUGAUGGGCUACGGACACUACGACCUGGAGGGGUGGUUCGAGCGGAAGUGCGCCUCCUGCAUCGACGGGAGGCUGGCGGCGUCGGCGCCGCCUCCGAGACCGAGCGCUAACGGAACCGACGCACAGCCACCGCCGCCCGAGGCACCACAGCAAGCGAAACAGACAGAGCGGCGGGCGGACGCCUCGACGGAGGCGACGGAGUCGUGA